AUGAGUUGGCCACUGACCACAACAAAUUCGUGUUUAGUGUGCUUUACUUCACAGACACACAUCAAUCACACAUUCAGACCCAUCGGUGAAGUGGCCUCUUCAUAUAAGGAGGAGCUCAAUACAGCACUGAAGCCCUUACAAGAGAAACUAAAACACAAAGAAAACAUUAAAGGGGAAUUUGAGAGAACAGUUCAACACAUCAAGUCUCAAGCUGAUCACACGGAGCGUCAGAUUAAACAGCAGUUUGAGACGCUUCAUCAGUUUCUCAGAGAUGAAGAAGAAGCUACAAUCUCUGCACUGAGGGAGGAAGAGGAGCAGAAGAAGCAGAUGAUGAAGGAGAAGCUGGAGGAGAUCAACAGACACAUCUCAGCUCUUUCACACUCAAUCAAAGACACGGAGGAGAUGAUGAAAGCCAGUGACGUCUGCUUUCUGAAGGAGUUUCCAGUCUCAAUGGAAAGAGUCCAGAUCUCAUCAGAGCCGGAUCCACAGACGCCUUCUGGAGCUUUGAUUGAUGUGCCGCGUUACUUGGGCAACCUGCCCUUCAGAGUCUGGAUGAAGAUGCAGGACAUUAUCCAGAACACUCCGGUGAUUCUGGAUCCAAACACUGCAAAUCCACAUCUCGUCCUGUCUGAUGAUCUGACCAGGCUGAGAUGGAGCUUGACCAGUCAACCAUUUCCUGAUAAUCCAGAGAGAUUCGACGAGUAUGCCUGUGUCCUGGGUUCAGAGGGUUUUAACUCAGGAACACACUGCUGGGAUGUAGAGGUUAAAGAGAGUUUGUACUGGAGUCUUGGAGUAACUACAGCAUCAAACCAAAGGAAGGGACCUGUUUUCUUUAACACUGAGGUCUGGUGGGUGCAGUACGGACUGGAUGAGCGGUUUGGUUUUCCUUUUAAACAGAGGCUGGACAGGGUGAGAGUUGAUCUGGACUAUGACAGAGGAACAUUGUCAUUCUCUGAUCCUGUAACUAACACAUAUCUACACACAUUCACAACCACCUUCACUGACACCGUCUUCCCAUUCUUCUGGUGUAAUGAUUUGAAAAUUGUGCCAGUUAACUGAAUAGUCUGAUAGAAGAGUUAUGACCCCCCCCCCAACAAAGGGACCAAACUGUAACAUUAAAGGAAAUGCCCAAGCAGGCUCCAAGAAAUCUGGUCUCCCACAGGCCAUUGACAACUUUUAUCCUCUUUUUGAUGUUGGCCAAAAGGUUUGGCAACACGUUCCUCAAAGAGACUCCAUUGGGGAGAUCUGACACCAGAUACUUGUGAUGUCCGAUUCUUGAAGAAAUUGUUAUUUUGAGCCAAUCUGCAGUGAGGAACUGGUCGAGAUUGUUUACAAAUUCUAACCUUAGGUCCAGGGUGAUGAUGCAAGGUGCACAGCCAAAGCAGCACACAAGACCAGAAAGAGCUGGUUCAAGUAACUGUCAAAGUUUUGACUAGUAUUGUCAAACGUAUUGGUACUUAAGUACCAAGUCAGUACUGACAUUUUAAAAAUGUACCGGGUCAGUUCAGUACCCACUGAUAGGCGGCUGCUUUUAAACGCCCCUGUGCAUUCAGUAUCUGUGUGAGCACUCUGUGAAAAGAAUCCAGUGUUCCUAUUUACGAGUUUUUUGAAGCAUUGAGAAUUGUAGCCAAUCACAGACAUGUCUGUUGAACGUGUGAAUGCACUUGCCAAUCACACACAUGCCAAUCACAAGAUAAGUCCGAAUCUGCUUAACAUUGCUCAAGUUUUUGUUUCACACACUCGUGUAUCCUUUCAUUAUAAAGUAUAUAGACAAUGAAAAUAAGAGAUUCGUUGUGCAGUGUAGGCAGCUUCACUUAUUAUAACAGGAGUUUUCUUUCGAGUGCAGAACUCCAUGAACUUGUGCUCAAAACUGUAGCGAUUGACAGCUUUAGUGAUUAUAAAGGUAGUGCUCUUUAUAACCUAUCCACAAUUUGAAUAAAAUAUGUAUUUUAGCAUGCCGCUAAGUACACACUGCAAAGUUUCAGGAGUGACAAAAGUAUUUAUUUGUGAGAUUGAAUCUGAAACUGCAGUGACUGUCAUAGUGAUAACCAUAUGCAAUGAACGGGACAAAACAAUCUGAUACUGUAUGUCAAAAUAGAUCAGUGCAUCAUAUCUUGGAGUGUAAAUGCAGACUAAUGGGGCUUUCACACUAGCACUUUUGGUUUUGUUUUGGAUAAUGUGAAUUAGGGCUGCACGA